UCAUGCCUUUAGUUAACAAAUGCUCAGGAAAUGUUGCUAAACUGUUCUAUUUGGUAUAUUUGUUAAAAAUCGUAACAUGUGUCAUCUCGAAAUAGUCAUGAAACCUGAGUUACCUGUACACUGCGCCGCAAAUUCUUAGAACGUCGCCAUUUUAACUUUCCUAUUUUAUAUGAGAUAUUUUCAUUUAUUCGUAUCUUUUUCGUUUCUUAAUUUAUUUAACUAAAAUUUUCUGAGAUGAUAUUAACAUAGCAGCAGAGGAAGUCAACAUGACAUUGUGCAGACACAUCAUCAGAUAUUUAAAAUAUACGUAAUUAAUUUUAGCCUAUUCAUAACAAAAUGCAAAUUAUUUGACGUGCGCCGGCAACUCAACCCAUGGUCGUUAAUAUUGAAAAUUUCUAAGUAACUAGAGUAAAUAUUUUGUAAAUGAUUUGUUGUAAUGUUAAAUAAUAAAAUUAACGGUUAUAUGUGUAAAUUAUUUUCAAUUGGCGUUAAAAAUGAACCGUCUAUAAAAUUUGUCACGGACUUUUGGGACAACCCUCGUAUGUUUGACAUUUUUGAAAAAAGGCAUAAGCUGCCUUUAAUAUGAGUUUACCCGACGUAAGUGAGUUAAUCAAGAUGUCAAUAAACGGACGUUAUUUCACUGUAUUUCAGAUGCCAUGUCCACAUGGAUGCAAUUUUGGAGAAGUAUGUGAACAAAAUAAAUAUGGACAUGGAAUGUGUGUUAUUAGAGAAUGUGUGAAUGGAACAGUUCCCGAACACGGUACUAUUCUCGGUAAUCAGAUGGAAAUUGGAAAAAAGAUCAGAUACAGGUGUGAUACUGGUUACAACGAGCCAAAUAUCUCCUUUGCAACAGUUGCUGAAUGUUUAGAUACUGGCGCAUGGAGCUUCAACACUGAAUGUUUGAAAACUAAUUAUACUUGGGAUUCAUGGACCCCUUGGAGCACCUGUAGCUUAAGUUGUGGCUCUGGUAUUCAAACCAGAUCAAGGAGUUGUUCUAUUCGUAUAGAAGGAAAUGAUGAAUCACAAUGCCUCAAGACGGAUGUUGGUGACGAGAAGCAAGCCUGCAAUGAUCAAACUUGUCCUAUACCAACACUUGGUCAAGUCUGCACAGAUAGCACGGACUGUAUAGAGGAAGGAGGAGUGUGCAUUGAAGGAAAGUGUUUCUGUGACAAGUUGUACAAAUAUGAUAGCCUACUAAAUAACUGCACUAAAGUGUGCUCGGAUAUGUCCGACGAAUUUACAAAAUAUGACAAUAAGGCUAUUUGGGGAUUCAACAGUGGUGGUCCUAAUUUGCAUUUUAACACAGUAGAAGAAUGUAGAGUUUCGUGUUCCAACAACCCUUCUUGCCUUUCCUUCGAAACAUGGCCAGCAGACAAUGGCGGCAUAGGAUGCACUACAGGAUCAGUAACAUCUGAUAUGAUUGAAACAAUUAAUCCACAACUUUUUCACUAUCCACCGGAUACAGAUCUAUAUUCGAGGAAAUGUAUUUAACUGCAAAUGAUAUACGAUGGAUAUCGCAAUACUAGUUUAUGUAGUUAGUUACACGGAUAUAUGGUGAAUAUUGCAAUACAAUUAAUUGUAAAAUUGCAAAGGAUAUAUGGUGAAUUUUGCAAUAUUUGUAACUGAAAUUAUCAACGAAGAAUAUUAAAUUUGCCUUAAAUUGAAUAUACCGUCUACAAAAUUGCUGUAUUGUUAAUCAGACAUUUUAUUAUUAAUUAAUAGUUUACUUAAAUACAUCAAUGAUAUUUGAAUGCGUCCUGCGCAUCUUAUUCAGGCACGAACGGGCACCUUAGCAGACCAAUCGAAGGUUCUGCAUGCUACUUGGAUAUCUUUCUAACAUGAAAGAAUCCGAAGUUCCUAUCGGGAUCGAACCAACAGCGUUGAAAUGCAUGUGGUUUGUAAUUAAUGACCUGAACCACUUGGCCAUAGGCGCCGAAAAUAUCUGAAGGUAAAUUGACUUCAAUGUAUAUGAAUGGUUAUAAAAAUCCUACUGAAUAAUUCGAAUUUAGUUUAGAAUUUCUAAAACACUUUGUAUAUUAGGCUUUGAUAUCAUGACUAUUUGAACACAAUUUAGAUGACUAUAUUGUUGUACUUGGUAUAUGCUAAAAUCUUUAGGUCCCUUUAAAUUAAUAAUUAUGAUGUCAAUAUUACAAUAAAAAGAAAUGUCUGCUCAUUUUCGAAUCAAUACCUAAUGUUAUGUAAAAUAUAAUCCUCUAUUCAUCCUCUUAUCAAUAAUUAAUUUGAAGUCACAAAGAGUGUUUUAUAGACUGAAUCAAACCGACUCUGCAAUUUCCAUUUAAUUUUGUUGCGAUGAAUGCUUCCAAGGGAUCACAUUUUAUCCAGAUAUGUAUACAUCACAGCAGCAGGUGUCAAGUGCUGUGUGGCAGCUGUAAAAAGUUGUCCCAUACUCC